ACCCCGCAAACUGUUGUACAUGGCCAUUGAUGGUGUUGCUCCUCGAGCAAAGAUGAACCAACAGCGCUCUCGGCGAUUUCGAGCUUCAAAGGAAACUGUGGAAAAAAUACAAGAGAUCACUCGGGUUCGUUCAGAAUUGGCAGCAAAGGGAUGCCAUCUUCCACCAGAGAAACCAAAAGAAAGUCACUUUGACAGCAACUGUAUCACUCCUGGAACACCAUUCAUGGCUCGAUUGUCAUCCUGUUUGCACUAUUACAUUCAUGAUCGAAUGAACAAUGACCCAGCAUGGAGAGGAAUCAAAGUAAUUCUUUCAGAUGCAAAUGUGCCAGGAGAAGGAGAACAUAAGAUCAUGGAUUACAUUCGGAGGCAGAGAGCACAACCGGAUCAUGACCCCAAUACCCAGCACUGCCUGUGUGGUGCUGAUGCUGAUUUAAUAAUGUUGGGACUAGCGACACAUGAACCCAAUUUUACCAUUAUACGGGAGGAAUUCAAACCAAACAAACCAAAACCCUGCGACAUUUGUGGACAAAUUGGUAUGUGAAUUUGACAAGAGUUAAUAUAUACCAUAUAGUUUACUUUAUACAGGGUGAUUCAGAGCUCUAUUACAGUACUACAGGAGGUUGUUAGGGACCUCAGUUGGAGCUGAAAAUGAAAUUAAAUUUUUUCAGUUUCAUAACCAUUGAGCAGUUACAGCAUUUUUACAUUUGUUCCUUUGUAUAGUUGUGUUU